AUGUUUCGACACCUAAAAACUCGUGUUGUGACGCAAACAUUGAGACUCAUACAAUCAUUUAUUCCCAAAGAUAGGCAAAUUCAUGUGACAUUAGGCUUAAAGCAUGGUGAAUUCGAAUGGCAAGAUCCUAAAUCAGAAGAAGAAGUUGUAAAUAUAACGUACAUUGAUAAGGAUGGAAAUAAAACCAAAGUGAGAGGAAAAGUUGGUGAUAAUGUACUUUAUUUGGCCCACAGAUAUGGAAUUGAAAUGGAAGGGGCUUGCGAAGCAUCAUUAGCUUGUACAACAUGCCAUGUAUAUGUAAGACAGGAGUUCCUUGACAAACUACCCCCAUCUGAGGAAAAAGAGGAUGACUUACUGGAUAUGGCACCAUUCUUAAAAGAGAAUUCUAGAUUAGGUUGUCAAAUAGUAUUGACAAAGGAACUAGAGGGAUUGGAACUUCAGUUACCAAAAGCAACUAGGAACUUCUAUGUAGAUGGCCACAAACCCGCUCCCCACUGA